AUGAAUUUGGUAAGAAUCAUAACGAUAAUUUUGCAGCUAUUCUUAUCGUGCGCUUUGGCUGAUGUUGCCCUUUAUGAACCAGGUGCUAUGCAAGUAUUUACUAGUAACUCAUCAGAUAAUCCUACUUUUGAAGUUGAUGUAAAAUGGUUAGAAUCAAAUGCUACACCAUUAUUAUCUCAAGUAUCAAAUUAUACGUUGGUUCUUUGUAAUGGGACAGUGAAUAAUAUUAAUCCAGUUGUAAAUUUAACGGUUGCAACUAGUAGUGGAAAUAUUAAUUAUAAUGAUAAAUCUUAUUCAUAUAUUGCUAAUAUAACACUGGUAAAUCCUGGAUCUUAUUUUAUUCAAGUAUUGGCUCUGAGUUCUGAAUUUUUUACUAUUCAUUACACUAAUAGAUUCUUUCUUAGUAUUGGAGAUAUUAACUAUGAUGAACUUUCUCAAGCUUCACCUCCUCCCUUGACAAUGUUUUUCAAUGCCGAUAGUUCAACUGUUCAAAGUAUUAAUACUGCAUCGUAUGGUAUACCUAACUUGUUACAAACUGGUCUGGUGAAAUAUGCUCCAAUGCAAACAGUUCCUCCUCAAACUCCAAAUACAAAUAGAUGGACAGCUCCUUCACGUACAACAAUAAAAUCUUUUCCAAUUUAUACUAAAAUUGGAGGUUAUGUUAAAGGGAAACAAGAAUUACCAACAGUUGAAUAUACAAUCACUCAACCUCCUUCCUAUGUUAUCUAUACUCUGAGUAAUUCAUUUUCACCAGCUCAAGAUCCUCUGGGGUACUAUGAUCCCCAGAAUAAAGUACAAGUUCCUGUUAAAAUUACUAAUGAAUAG